UUUUUUUUGUGUGUGUGGCUUUUCCGAUCAUGGAUCCCCAAUCGAUGGAUGUUGAGACGGCGAAACGAGCUUCGACGGCGAAGGAGGAAUCUGCCCCUCCUGUCACAAAGAAACCCAAAGUCGAAGAGGAAGAGGAAGAGGAAGACAAUCAUGACGACGACGUAGAUUCUGACAGUGACGACGACGAGAAGAGGAACCGGAGUGGGAUGUGGACAGCUUCGAUGGUCGCGAAUACGAAUCAGAUCCCGAAGUUCGUAAGCUGUUCGCCGACGAGAAGGAUUAUGAAGAAUACCGUCUUGACGAAAUCAAGAUGCUCGAGAGUAAGUCUGGACGAACCAUGUGGUGAAAACAUGACUAUUAAAGAUGACCUGACAGAUCUGGCUUCCUUGUGCAUUAAUAAACUCAACGAGGACAAGGGAACGUGUGUGAAAUUGGUGGAGAUUGUGGGAGCUACUGUAAGUGGGGGAUUUCGAAUGAAGGUUUAUAUAACGUUUAUGGCUCGGGAGGAUGAGAAUGGGCCUCUUGUUGAGUAUCAAGCCAAGGCGUUGAGGUAUUGUGCACAUCGUCAACCUUCCGUUCCUAUACUCUGCCGACCAAGCCCCAAACCCAACGCAGACAUACUCAGACGGGAGCUUGUCAAGAUGAUGAAGACAUAUUGAAGUUAGGCUCGAUCUCUAGUUUGUCUCAGUGUUGGCCGAAAGUUGGGAGUUAUAUCUAUGGAGUUUAGUGUUGUAUCUUAUUAUUUUGGAUAGAGAGGUUUUGCGAGUGGGAGAUAGUGAGAGAGGGAUGAGGAGACAGAGGUUUUGGGACGACUCGACCUAAGAUGAUCGAUACUAGGAUGUUGCUCUUGAGAAGUUUAUAACAUCAAAUUAUCAGAUUUAAGAAUUAGAGAAUAAUUAAAUAGAUUUUGUUUUGGCUUACUUUAUCUAGCUUAAAAUGUUGAAGAGGAUCUGGCUUUGUCAUUCAGAACAGCUAGUUGAAUGUGACAUACCACUAUAUGCUCAAAAUAUCGAGCUUAUUGAUCUCCAAGGUUGUACAAGUUUGCAGAGUUUUCCAGACACGAGUCAAUUACAACAUCUCCGAGUUUCUCAAGUUGCAUACAGAUCAAAAGUUUCCAAGGAGCUCCAAAUAUUGAGGAACUACAUCUUCAAGGAACCAGUAUAAAGGAAAUACCAACAUCCAUUAUGAGCCAUUCCCUCCAAAAAGUUAAGCUGCACCGCCAAAAGCUUUUGAAUCUCCUAGGAAACUUUCAGGAUGUUGAGUAUAUUGAUUUGGAGAGUGUAACAGAACUGGUAAAAGUAAGCUCCCAUAAUCAAGGUUUCGGCAAGCUUGUCUACUUGAACAUGAAAGAUUGUUCUCAUUUACGAAGUCUUCCUGACAUGGUCACUCUAGAAUCUCUCCAAGUUCUACAUCUGUCUGGCUGCUCAAAGCUUGAGGAAAUUAAGGGUUUCCCAAAAAACAUGAGAACGUUAUAUAUUUGGUGGAACCGCAUUACAAGAAGUGCCACAGUUUCCCAAAACUCUAGAAUUCUUGAAUGCUCAUGGUUGUACAUAUUUAAAGUCGGUUUGUUUGGACUUUGAGCAGCUUCCAGUCCACUACACCUUCAGUAAUUGUUUCAAUUCUUCUUUACAAGUGAUUGCUGAGCUCUUAGAGAAAGGUCUGACUAGAAUAGCAAGUUUAGCAAGAUCAGCAAAACAACAGGUUUUUUUUUCUCCUUCUCUACACAUAUAGUCUAAUGUAGUAAAGCGAGCAAGUUAUCUGACUGGAUUUGGCCUUUGAAUAGGGAUUCAUCAAAGCACCUGAAGUCAGCAUCUGUAUUCCUGCUGGCACACGUCAGAGAUCCUCAUUUCUCUUGGAAGAAGGUCCAAAUGUAAUGGCAAACUUAGAUCCUUGGACAAGAAAACCUCUUUCUGGCUUUUUUAUGUCAAUUGUGGUAUCAUUUCAGGAUGAUUGUCACAACACUACAUGUCUUGGCAUUAAGUGCAUAUGCACAUGAAAAGACAUGUUCGACUCUUCUGAUAAAAAAAUAGAGAGAAUGUAUCACUGUUAGGC